AUGUCGUUAUGGGCCCGAGAUGACAAUCCUGGAUGGCGCGCCUUAAUAGAGGCAUACUUCGGCCAGCGUAGUACUCUAAAUUCCCUCAAAACCAGGGAGCGACCAGUUCUCGAGAUCCCGAUUGCAGAAGAGUUCGAUCUUCCCCAGAAAAUCCUUAUUCGCUCAGAGCUGCAAACGAUGUAUAAAAGAGUCAGUGCGCUGUAUCGGACCAAAGCGAAGGCCGGUGCAAUUAUCAGUGGGCAGCCUGGUUGUGGUAAAUCGACCUCAAUAGCUUACUUUUUGGUGGAACAACUCGCCGAUAAACGGCCCGUCUACGUGAUGGACAAAAGCGAUCAGGUCUACUUCAUAACUAACAUGGGUACUUGGGUUAGCUCGGCUGACGCUCUUCGCACGCAUUUGGAAUUCCCAAUGCGACGAAGACAACAUCGCCCUUGGGUUCUAAUAGAUUCGAAGUCAUCAAAGGUUGAACCCAAGAGGCUAGUCUUGAACGCUAGUUUCGCUGUAUAUGUCCCGUCCCCUGCCCUUGAAUGGUAUAAAGAUUGGAUGGUUGAGCACGGAAUACCUAUAUAUUUCUUGAAUCCGUGGGUUCCGUCAGAUCUACGAAAAUGUCUUCCACUCAUUCUCGAAUCCCUCUUUUCCCGAGUACAACCUCACAAUCAAGAAGUCGAAGAGCAGGAAGAAAUCUGUUAG